ACAUCAUUCAAUAUGACUGCUUUCAACUUCACCCCUGCUGAAUGGGACGAUAUGUCCAAACUCGAGAAUCACCCUUUCUUCGCCAAGGGCGGCCACCGCGGCCGCUUUGGUCGUCGCGGCGGCGGUGGCGGCGGCGGCGGUCGUGCUGCUGCCCGUGAGGAGAUGCGACAGGCCAAGGAAUCCGCCGACAAGCAACAGAACGAGAACCAGAGCUCGACAGAAUCCGAGUCGGACCCCCGUUUCUUCAUGCGUCGCAAGGGAGGCCGUGGCGGUAAGGGCAUGGGAAUGGGUAUGGGAAUGGGAAUGGGUAUGGGCCCUCGUGGGGCCGGUCACCCUUACGCCAUGGGUGGUGGUCGUCACGGAAGACGUGGCGGAGAGUUUGGAGGAUUUGGAGAAUUCGGCCUUGGCGGUGGUCGCGGAGGACGAGGAUUUCAUGGCCGCGGCGGUCCCCUUGGCGGUGGACCUCGUGGAAUGGGAAUGGGAGGAGGAAUGGGAAUGGGAGGAAGACCUGGCGGAUGUGGCCUCGGCAGAGGAGGCAAGUUCGGAGGCCUCAAUGGUAAAGGAGGGAUGAUGAUCCCACCGUUUAUCGGCCGGCUGGCGGCGCAGUUGGGCCUCCCCGUCGAACAGGUGUGGCGCGACUACAACGCCCAGACGAGCGAGAACAUCCUCGACUUUGUGCCUCCCGUGGACGUGUUCGACACCCCCGCCGCAUACAUUGUGCAGGUGUCGUUGCCCGGCGCGAGCAAACCAGACAUCAACGUCGACUACGACGCCGACAAGGGCGUGCUGCGCCUGUCGGGCGUGGUCCACCGGCCGGGCAUUGACGAAGAAACACACAAGACGCUGGUCAUCGCCGAACGCGAGAACCAGGUCGGCGUCUUUGAACGGGUCGUCCGGCUCGGUGGCCGCCGCGAACCUGCCUCCAGAGUCUGUGACGACAAGAUGACAGCCAAGAUGGAGGACGGCGUGUUGACCGUCACCCUCCCCAAGAGCCAGACCGAGAAGAAAUCCAUCCCCCUCGACUCGGAAACGGCCCUCGUCAUUCGCGAAAAGUCCUUGGACGCAGACAGCGUCACCGAGGGGGUUAUGACCCCAGACGAGAAGGACUACGUCCAGGUGGACGAAUGAUCGAUUCCUCUUCUUCCUCUUCUUCUUCUUCUUCUUCCUCUUUUUCUAUAAUUUCCCUCAUAUCACUUUAUUGUUGAGGUUACCAUAUUGGUAUCCGUUUCCUUACUCUCAUCUCAUGGUUACCUUUAUUUCUGACACGGGGCCAUUUCUGUUUUUCAUGUCGAGUACCAUCAUAUAACCAUCGAUGGUACAUGGUUCGGGUUUAUGUUUCCUUAUGAUACCUGGAGACUGGCGUUGUUGAUAUUACCACUACUACCACUACUACUACCACACUUAUAAAAAGUGAGAAAAAAAAAAGUAUAGGCUUGCCUAUACAAUAUACCACAUACUCCAUAUUCC